CCAUAUGGCUCAGACAUAGCCUCGAUAUUUUCGAGAAACUGGCGGACAGUCAUUUUUCAUUUAGGUAUAUCUCAUUUAUUUGCUGCGACUAAAAGUCCAAACGUAGUUUACUUAAAAGAAGAAGCGCAGAGCUUUCCAACAAAACAAAGCUCACAUCAUUCUGAUUAUUUGGUGCUGAGAUACGCUCCGUCAAAGUUUGGUGGUGCAUUUCAUCUCGCCAGUACAUUAGCU